CCUAGAGAAAAACCUCUGUGCUGGGUUAAUAUCAGCCACUGGGAAGAUCAGUCAUCUGAGAUUCUGGAUUCUCAAAAAGACUGUCUGCAGAGGCUGACCUUUGCUGUAGACUCAUAUCUUAAAGAACUUUAUCUGGACUCAAAUGUCCUCCCUUCAGGAACAGAAGUUCCCAAGUGUUGGUCACCGAGGUCCUGCAGAGAACAGUCAUCUUUUAUACAUCUUUCCUUUUGAUGCUUUCAAUAUCCUGGCAAGACCUGAGGAGGUGAAGGCACCUCACCUGCAGCUGUCCCAGCCAGGCCACCGGAAGUGGGCGUGGAUCCCACACCCCAGAGUGGGGCUCAGUCUGACAAGUACUUCCAAACCCACUCCUCACCAGUCCCUUUCCAUCCCAGAAGAGGGCUCCCCUCCCCACCCAUUUUGCACAUGAGGAAAUGGAGGCCAGGGAGGUCCUGCCUGGUCUUGUUCCAGGACAGUGCAGCUGGAGGUUGCUCUCCGCUGCAGGGCACCUGCCAGCGGGGCCACCGUGAUGUCUCCUGCCUCGAAUGGCCUCUGGCAGGGCUUGGUGGAAUUCCCCUGGCAGGAAUUUGGGUGAGGCAGGCAGGGGUUAGCAUCCCAGACUGAAGCCAGGCCACCUGGCUCACUUCUCGGCAUCUCCAGUUCUAGCCCUUUGACCUUGGACAGGUUACUCAACCUCUCCCUGAUUCAGCUCACUCACCUGCAAAAUGGAGGUGGUAAUAGCACUCACCUCCUGCAAGUGCAAAGAGAAUUAAAAGGGUGUAAAGCCAUCGGAACAGUGCUUGGCCCUGAGAGAGGCUACAGAAGCCCUCUUAAAUAAAUAAACGGCUUCAGCCCUGUCUAGUCCCGAGGUUUGGGCUCCUGCCAUUCCCACCCAGAGAGCCCUGGGUGGAGGCCCCACUGAUGCUGCAGAGCAUCUGCCCUGUGCCCCCCACGCAGCAGGCACUUUCCAAUCCUUCUGUCAGCCUCACUCCAGCAGGAUAAGGGGAGGCUUCGUGAGCCUCGUUCCCAAGAUGAGGGAACAGACCCCGAGGGGACCACACCACCAGCAGGUGACAGGGUGGGACCAGGCCAGGUCUGUCUGCCUCUGAGACUGGGCCUAGGAGAGGACCGGCCCAAGCGACGCCCACCUAGCGCCUCCUUGGUCUGGAAUUUGGGCUGGGGCCGGCCUGGAGGGCACGCUCUGCCCAACAGGCUGCAUGACUUCUGGGGUGUCCCUGCCUGCAUAGUAGCCUCACUGGUGGUCGUAAGGGCCCCUCGAAGGGGCCCUGGACACCUGCGUGGGAACAAGGGCAGCCCACCUCUCUCCAGCUGUUUCAUGCUCCAGCCCAGCCAGUGCAUCGCGUGCAUGCAUCUGAGAGGCGAGGAGAUUGAGAACAGCUGCCUCCGCCUGGAUUCUCCCAGAACUCGCCUGGCAACACCCGGCCAAGGUCCUCACACCAUCCUGGAGAACAAGCAGACUGCGUGGUGCGGGAGUCUCCCUGGAGCAGAUUCUGCGGCCGCAGGCUCCUGCAGAGCGUGAAGGAGACCUCAGUUAUUUCUCCGGCCUGUUCAGCCCAAACCGUCUUUUGUGGCCACCUCCUUGGGAGGCUCAGGGCUCCCACCCGCCGAGGAAGAGCCAUGAAGAAGCGGUCCAUGCUGCUGGCCCUGGUGGCCGUGGUCCUAAUGCUCCUUAUCAUUGGCCUCUGCGUCUGGCUGCCUGAGACCUUCAAGCCCCACAGCCACGUGUACCCCAGAGCUGCCGUGGCCGCGGAUGCCAAGCGCUGUUCAGAGAUCGGGAGGGAUGCAUUGCUGGACGGCGGCUCAGCGGUGGAUGCUGCCAUCGCGGCCCUGCUGUGCGUGGGGCUCAUGAACGCACACAGCAUGGGCAUCGGGGGUGGCCUGUUUCUCACCAUCUACAACAGCACCACACGAAAGGCUGAGGUCAUCAAUGCUCGAGAGGUGGCCCCUCAGCUGGCCUCUGCCGGCAUGUUCAACAGCUCAGAGCAGUCGGAGGAAGGUGGGCUGUCGGUGGCGGUUCCAGGCGAGAUCCGCGGCUAUGAGCUGGCACACCAGCGGCACGGGCGGCUGCCCUGGGCUCGCCUCUUCCAGCCCAGCAUCCAGCUGGCCCGCCAGGGCUUCCCUGUGGGGAAGAGCUUGGCGGGAGCCCUGCAGAGAAGCCAGGCUGCUAUCCAGCGGCACCCUGAGCUGUGGCACGUCUGUGGUCCCUACUGCGAGGUGUUCUGCCGGGAUGGGAAGGUGCUGCGGGAGGGGGACCGAGUGACCAUGCCUCGGCUGGCCGACACCUACGAGACGCUGGCCUCGGAGGGCGCUCAGGCUUUCUACAACGGGAGCCUCACGGCCCAGAUUGUCAAGGACAUCCAGGAGGCCGGGGGCAUCGUGACGGCCGAGGACCUGAACAACUACCGCGCAGAGCUGAUCGAGCACCCACUCCGCAUCAGCCUCGGGGACGCCCAGCUCUAUGUGCCCAGUGCCCCGCUCAGCGGGCCAGUGCUGGCCCUCAUCCUCAACAUCCUCAAAGGGUACAACUUCUCCCGGGAGAGCGUGGAGACACCUGAGCAGAAGGGCCUGACCUACCACCGCAUAGUGGAGGCCUUCCGGUUUGCCUACGCCAAGAGGACCCUGCUUGGGGACCCCAAGUUUGUCAAUGUGACUGAGGUGGUCCGCAACAUGAGCUCCGAGUUCUUCGCUGCCCAGCUCCGGGCCCGGAUCUCCGAUGACACCACUCACCCGGCCUCUUACUAUGAGCCCGAGUUCUACACGCCGGAUGACGGGGGCACCGCCCACCUGUCCGUGGUCUCAGAGGAUGGCAGUGCUGUGUCGGCCACCAGCACCAUCAACCUCUACUUCGGUUCCAAGGUGCUGUCACGGGCCAAUGGGAUCCUGUUCAACGAUGAGAUGGAUGACUUCAGCUCCCCCAACAUCAUCAACAAGUUCGGGGUGCCCCCCUCACCGGCCAACUUCAUCACGCCAGGGAAACAGCCGCUCUCGUCCAUGUGCCCGGCGAUCAUCGUGGGUCAGGACGGCCAGGUCCGCAUGGUGGUGGGUGCCUCUGGGGGCACGCAGAUCACCACGUCCACUGCACUGGCCAUCAUCCACAGCCUGUGGUUCGGCUACGAUGUGAAGCAGGCAGUGGAGGAGCCCCGGCUGCACAACCAGCUUUUGCCCAACACCACGACGCUGGAGAAAGACAUUGACCAGGUUGGGGGGGUGGUGCUGAGUCACAGUGGGGGCCCCUGGGAAUCCUGGAACAGGGCCUGGAUCUCCUGUGUCAUUGCGGAGUGGACGAUGGCUGCUGUCUUCUGCCUGGGGCAGAUGACCCUCAUGCCCGCUGCCUGGGCCACUUUGCACCCCAUGCUCUGAGGGCCAGGCCACCUGCUCCGAUGAGACCCAGUCGGCCCAGCUGCCCCCAACUUGCUCUUCGUGGCCACUCAGACAGAAAUGGCGCCACCGGUGUCUUUGGAAGCCAUGCCCACACAGGCGUGGUUCAGAUGGUGUCUUGGGCCCCCGUUGAGGCCUCCCUCUCCCUCCCACCCCCAGGCAGUGGCUGCAGCCCUGAAGACCCGGCACCACCACACCGAGGUCACUUCUACCUUCAUUGCUGUGGUACAGGCCAUUGUCCGCACAGCUGGUGGCUGGGCGGCUGCCUCAGACUCCAGGAAAGGCGGGGAGCCUGCGGGCUA